UCGAUUAUAGUCACUGCGCAUGAAUAUGAACAUAAAUCUUCCGGAAAACAAAAACUAAUCUACGGGAGCCAAUCGGGUUUUUGUCGCUAAGGGGACUACACGGAAGAGUCUGUAACAUCGUUUCCGGGCAGAUCGGAACACAACACCAAAUCAGAAUAAAGUUUCGCAAGAAAAUAAAGCCAUGUAACCAAUCGGAUUAAAAUCAAAUUCUGUAUCCGAGUAGGAUGACACUGUGGAGCCAAUCAGAAUUGACUCUUCUCGGUAGUCAGGCAGACAUGACACAGUUGUCCAAUCAUAAAAAGAAAACAGAAGAGGAUUUUUGCUGUGUCUUUGAGUCAGGAUAAGUGCCUUGCUCAGAGGUACUACAGCAGGAGGUGAGAUUGAAACUUGCGUCCCUCCGAGUGCACGUCGGGAGCUCUAACCAUUACGCCACCUGCUGCCAGGCCCAGGUUCUCGGGGGCCCUGAAUGAGGUUGGGUGCAGCAACGUGCAGAAGCCAUGGCGGAAGAUGGCCUGCAGUCGGGGGCCCCCAGGAGGGCCAGCCUGGGUGCCGAGGAGGGCGACUCAGAACCCAGCAUGCUGCUCCAGAAGCUCAAGAGCAACAUCUCGAAGAACGUGCAGGUGAAAGUGGACGCGAUCCUGCAAGAUGUGCAGCGUUUCUCCGACAACGACAAGCUCUACCUGUACCUGCAGCUACCUUCUGGCCCUGGCACUGGGGAGAAGAGUAGCAGCACCGAUCCCUCCUCUUUCAGCAUGGCUGACCAGCUACACACCUGCAACUGGAUCCGCAGCCAUUUGGAGGAGCACGCAGACACCUGCCUGCCUAAGCAGGAUGUCUACGAAACGUACAAGAGACACUGUGACAACCUCCAUUAUCGGCCACUGAGUGCAGCCAACUUUGGCAAGAUUAUCCGAGACAUCUUCCCGAACAUCAAAGCACGGCGCCUUGGUGGGAGAGGACAGUCCAAAUACUGCUACAGUGGGAUCCGCAGAAAGACCCUUUUGAACAUGCCCCUACUGCCAAACUUGGACCUUAAGAAUGAUCCGUCGGAGCUGACGGAGCUGGUGCAGACUUACAAGCAGGAGGUGACGGAGGCAGCAUGUGAGCUCAUCUGUGACUGGGCAGAGAAGAUCCUGAAGCGCUCCUUUGACACCGUGGUGGAGAUUGCACGCUUCUUGGUUCAGGAGCACAUCGUGAACCCACGUUGCAGCCAGGCCGAACUGGUCACCUCCGCCACACUAGCUGGAGGCCCUGCAAAGCCCCACAAGGUGAUCAAGAAGACCUCUGCUGCACCCAGAGGGGGUGGUGCAGAUGGGGAGGGGAGUGGCCCUGAAAACAAGAAAGACAAAGACAGGGGGGAGCAGGCAUCGUCGGGUAAACCAACACCCUCUGAGAAGGGGGUUAAAGGAGGGGAGUCUGGGAGGUCAGGAGGUCGCGACCUACAGGUGGAGGCUGUGAUGAAGCGCUUCCCUCAGCUUCUACCGCGGUGCACAGACAAGGGUCCACUGCCAGUCUGCUCCUCACCUGCCACGCUGGCACCGAAGGACAUGAAGGUCACCCUUCCUAUCGCCAUGGCAACCCUGCCCCAGCAGCAAGGUGCCACACUCCCAUUCAUGAUCCUGCCCUCAAAUAUGAGCCUGUCUUACUCAGAGAGGGAAAGGGCUACAACAGUCACAGCUGCCCCAGCAUCCACUGCCCCGGGGCCACUACAACGGCACCGGGCUACCCCAAAAAGGGCCCCAGAACUGGUGGUGGGUGACGGGGUCACGGGUCCCGGGGGUGCACCACCCAAGAGAAAGCGCGGGCGGCCCAGGAAACCUCGGCCAGAGGAUGCAGCUCCAGCUGCCACUACUGUCAGUGGAGGUGUCAUCCAGAAAGCCUUGCCUGCUUCUUCGGUCCCUUCCCAGCAUCCCCAGUCAGAGGUGAUGGAGAUUGUGAUCCAAGACCAGCAAGGGCACCUGUUGGGCACUUUACCCCCUGCACCCGACCCUCAGAUGGAUCUCAGCACAGAGGAGCCCAGCAGCGUGGUGGUGCAGUGCUACACCUCCGGGACCAGCAGGAGCAGUCCGUCCACGCAGGCCACACCCUACAACGUGCUGCUGUUCCAGGGACCCGCCCAGUCACUAAAGCCCCCUGUAGUCGCUGGCUGGGAGGCGGGCAGGGCCAACGUUGAGGUAAUCCAGAGGGCUCCUGUGGCCAGGGAAGGUAGGGCGCAGACUGAGGCACCGGCCUCUGCUCUUGAUGCCUUUCUGGAGAAGGAUGAGGUGGAGAUCACCCUCACCCCUGUUGACAGCUUGUCUGACUGCCCACAGCCUGGUGAAAGUGAGCAGACAAACACCCCAUAACCCUGGCGUGUGAUUUUUUACUCAAGACGACCCCUUCCCGUCCUCCUCCUCCUCCCACCCACCCACCCCAAAGAUGCCAGUGGAGAUUAAGAAGAGAACAUUGAGGGCUUCCAGGACCAGGUGGAGCAGCAGCCGCACGCUGUCUACUGUAGAGCAGACGUGGCUGUAUCCCAGCAAUCCCUUUGUUGAUUGAUUGGAAAUGUGUGAUUGGUGGCACCAGGAGCCAGUGGGAUGAAGCCAAACCACUAAUAAGUGGCAGCUGAUUCUGGACCCUCAGGCAGCUCUGUCCCUUGGGAACAAGAGGGGCAGUUGGGGCCUCUUGUUAGUAAUACUGCAUGUCUUCUUUUCUACGUAAAUGCAUUCUGUGUCCCUGUGUGCGUAUCUUUUUGCGUGUCUGUGAGUUCUCCUCGUGUAACAAGGGGUUACAUAUCUAUACGGGUUUGACUUCACGUGGGUUUGAGUGACGCCCUCAUCAGCAGGAGCAUACUGCUCCACUUUGUUUUUGGGUUUCUUAGAAGCAACAUGGUUUGGCCUCUGUUGUUUUGGGUUUCUUAGAAGCAACAUGGUUUGGCCUCUGUUGUCAUCACCUGACUUUUUCCAAAGGGAUUAUUCUUAUAAUUUUAAACUUUGUGUGAUUAGUCCCCCUGUGCUUUUGUCUGCUCAUUCUCAGUUCUAAUAUCCAGCCAGUUGGAACUCUUCUGUGGAAAUCAGCUUUACAACAUGAUAAAACUUGUCAUUUGUGAAAUUGCCAUCAGCUCAUUUUCAUGUAUUAACGGCAUGACUUUGAGUGCCCCGAGAAGGACAGGAGCAAUUUGGGCGGAUCGUGGUGAGUGUCGAGCUCAGCCUGAAAGGCAUGAACUGAUUUUAAAAAUGUUUGUCUGGGCAGUAUUUUAUUUUAAGUUAUUUUCUGUGUUUUGUCAGUUCUGCAGUGCUGUCUAGCGCACAUGUGUACCACAGGUGCUUCCUGUGUGUCUGGAGACCUGUCACACUCCCUGCCUUCGAUCUCUGUCUGCAGUGCUCUUCUUUCCUCAUUUCACAGAUGACUUGUUAAAAUUUAAGAACUAAAGUUAGGAGUGGAAAUCUCUAGGGGACAAAAACAAGAGCCAGCAGUAGCACUGCUGGAUUUCGACUGACAGCCCCCUUCCAUUAGAAGGUAAUGUACACAUCGGUGUAAACACCAAUCCAAUCAGAAUUGGCACUUUAAGCGUACAGCAGAUGCUGAGCACUUUAAUCUUCUCCUGCACUAAGGAGACCCUUCCAAUUAAAGGGUGCUUUACUCUGGCUCAGUUCACCAGGGUUGGAGUAUAUUAUCUAUGAAAGCAAAAAAAUAAGAAUUUAGACUUUGCUACUUUUUUUUAUUAUGCGGUCACGUUUGUUUGGCUGUGGUAUUUGCCUUCCUUGUGUUGUGGUGACCUUCCUGCACUGGUCUGGUUGUUUUUUUGCUGGAAACUCCAGAAAGAAUCAGAUAUGCAGAUUUUGAUAUUCAGAGUAAAACAUUCAGAUCUGAAUGGUCAUCCACAGGAUCAGUAGUCUGUCAUUCUGUAAGAUGCUGCAAAAUCUUGCAGAUAUUAAUCUGUGAAAUUUCUUUACUUGGCUGCAUGAUGGCAGUUUGAGUUGAAGCAGCACUGAGUGGGUAAGUCAGUUUAAAUGACAGUAUUUUACAUAUAUUUGAGGAAUAAAUAAUUAUCAUACUUUGUGUUUUAACUGAAUGCCUGAUUGAGAUGCACGACUCAGAGUCAUAUUUAAACUAGUAUUAAUCCUCUAUCCCGCGUGUGAGAUGGGAUGCACACGCUGGCAAAUUGUUAUUGAUAAGGGCUGGGUUGCAUUGACUUUCUGCGAUUCAUCGUACAUUUCUGUCCUUCUGCUUGUGUCUUGCACUUUAUUUUGUAACCAAUGAAAAAGAUAGUUCUUCAUUUCUAGUGGUGUGCACAUAAUAAAGCUUGGUUUGAUAAAAUAAUACAGCACCUUAUAUGUUGGUUGUACUAAAUUUAACUGGCUGUGCUGAUACCAAUUUGUUUUAAUUCUCGUACUUCUCAUUUCAGUUCGCUGUGACAGUAAAAUUGACCCUUGCUGUUGCAAACUAAAAAUGGAAAGAGUGACAGUGACUCUUAAUAUAUUUUCAUAACCCAACUGUGAUAAAUGUUGUGUAUAUAAAUUUGUGUGGAAGGCACAGUUUUUGUACAACUUUUUUUGCCUCAAGUAAACAUCAGCAGUCUUUCGUUACCUGUCUUAAUGAUCCUUUUUUAAUCAAUAAUGAUUUUCUACUGAUUUCACAUGGCCCC